ACGUGACACCGGCGGCACGUGACGCGGCGCGGGAGGCCGCGCUUUACGGCGCCGCGCGACAGCUGCCGGUGCCGCCCCCCCUCAGGCCGCCAUGGCGUCGGGCAGCGGGACCAAGAACUUGGACUUCCGCAGGAAGUGGGACAAGGAUGAAUAUGAGAAGCUGGCGGAGAAGCGGCUCACGGAGGAGAGAGAGAAGAAAGAUGGCAAACCAGCACAGCCCGUCAAAAGGGAACUUCUGCGGCACCGAGACUACAAAGUGGACCUGGAAUCCAAGCUGGGGAAAACCAUCGUCAUCACCAAAACUACCCCUCAGUCGGAGAUGGGGGGGUACUACUGUAAUGUAUGUGACUGUGUGGUGAAGGAUUCCAUUAACUUCUUGGAUCACAUCAAUGGCAAAAAACACCAGAGAAAUCUGGGCAUGUCCAUGCGGGUGGAGCGUUCCACACUGGACCAGGUGAAGAAACGCUUUGAGGUGAACAAGAAGAAGAUGGAGGAGAAGCAGAAGGACUAUGACUUUGAGGAGAGGAUGAAGGAACUCCGGGAGGAGGAGGAGAAGGCCAAAGCCUACAAGAAGGAGAAGCAGAGAGAGAAGAAGAGGCGGGCGGAGGAGGAUUUGACCUUUGAAGAAGAUGAUGAAAUGGCAGCUGUGAUGGGUUUCUCUGGUUUCGGCUCAACCAAAAAGAAUCACUGAGCAGCUCUGGACUCUCCUCUUUCUCUAAACAGUUUGUUUUUACCCAGGGAACUCUGGAUAACUCUUCAAAGACUUGAUGGAGGACUUGUAUGUAAAUCUCUCAGUAGAAGUUGGCUGGAGGAGUCGAAAAGUGAUUCCAUGCUCUACCUGUGCUGCAGAACAAGCUCCGCCUCUCAUUAGCUUCCCAUCUCCUUCUGUGUCCUAGAUCUGGCUGCUCAGCUGCUCUGUGGCCGUGUGCGUGCCGGGAACUGCUCUGCUGGGUGCAUUUUUGUGUCAAUAAAGUGCAGCCAUUCUGCACAGGUGGCCUGGUUCAGGAUUAAUCUGGUUGUCAACCAGGCCCUAGUUGUCACCCGGGCUGCGCUGGAGGCGCAGGGAGGGAUCCAGGUUUUUUUAGGAUGGUAACGGAAGGAAAUGUGCCACAGUGAGCGGUGUGAGCGGUACAACCUGCACCUUCAUGGCUUGUGCUGAGCAGGGCUGGUGGCUGCAUGGAGUCUGGGUUGCCGAAACUUUCCUGUGUGUUUUACCUGUAAGGGAGACUUCCCUGCUUUUUCUUUGUGUUUUAUCCCAUAAUUUUCGUUAUCUUUUAAGGCAGGGGAGAAAUAUCUCCCCACGACUGGUCUAGAAUAGAGCCAAUGAAAGAAAGGUGUGUCCGAUUUGCCAGAAAUAAAUGGAUUGUUUUAAUGGGUCCUUUGGUGGGAGUUUGAUGCCUUAUUUAUUUUGAGAGCUUCUGCUGCCCACUGAGAGGAGCUGCUGAUGUCUCCUGUCAGCACAAAGCUGGGCUGGCCUUCUGGGGACUUCGAUGGAGACAAAGGCGUGGCAUGUGACCCCCUCUCCUGGCUCAGCUCUCUGCUGCCCUAGAUGGGCAGUUGCCAUCAUUCUUGGCUUCUUUAAGUAAUUCUGGAGAAGGGUGUAAGAACUUGGGAGGGGGAAGGGACUUCAGGGUUAGGGACUCGCAUUUCCAUCAUGCAGUCCAAGACAGGCUGGGCUGCUUUCCAGAUUUUACCAGUCUUAGUAUAUUAAGGGCCAUUUUUUUCCUGUCUACUGGCUGUCAGUGUCUUUUCACCUCUGCCCUCCCCUAAAUCCACUUCAUUUCAGCUUUUAUUUACCUCAGUCAAACCUUGUGUGACUCAUUUCCGUCUGCAGUUAGGAUUUAUAUUUUGCAUGGCUGGGUUUUCGUGGCUCUGCCUCACUCUCCUCUCUCUUUUUAUGUAUAUUGAUGAAAUCCUUGCGCUUGCCCUUCUCCGUGCUCGUAUGAAAUUUCCAGCCUGGGGAAGGCUGCAGUGUUUAGCCUGCUCUUUCUAAUACAUCUAGAACAAAUCCUGUAA